AUGAUGAUGAUGAUGGUGACAGGUAAAGGAGACAAGGGCACGGGGAAAGGCCGUGGUGGCUGUCGGUUGAUGGACACGCAGAGCCAACGGGGAGACAGUCGUCUGGACAGUUUAACUAUUGAAAUGAUGACAAACAAGUGGAUGGGGUCAAGGGUGCUGGGGAGUGAAUUCAAGUGGACACUCAUCUACGGCGGCACUGGUCUGGAAAUACCAGCAAAAGCUUACAUUUUGAGGCUGUCUCAAAGCACUGCUCUUAAACGGAAAACAGUGAAGCAACCAACUAAGAUCCCUUAUCUAAAACCAUUUUCCUCCCCAUUUCAGCAGUCUUCCAGUCGUAGAACCGGGACAAUCUGCUCUAACUGUCAUACCGCGACGACCACUCUUUGGCGACGCAACAACAGCGGCGAGCCCGUUUGCAAUGCCUGUGGACUCUACUUCAAGCUGCAUAGCGUAAGUCUCUAG